AUGGACAAAGCCGCGUUUCUCGCCGCAAUCACGGCCGACGAAAAGACCCAUGUCGAGUUCUUGCAGUCUUUCAUCCAGGCUCCGUCACCCAACCCCCCCGGCGAUACUGUGCAGGCGGCAAGCGUGAUCCGCGAAUACCUGAGCGGGCAUGGCGUUGAAAGCGAAACCAUCGCACCGCAAGAGCGCAUGCCCAACAUCCUGAGCGAAAUCACCGGAGGCAGUGGCGACGGACCCCGAGUGGUGAUGAACGGCCACAUCGACGUGUUCCCUGUGGCCGAGGCCGAUGCGGCCGACUGGACGUACGGGCCAUGGUCCGGCCACAACGACGGCACGUACAUCCAUGGACGCGGCGGGGUGGACAUGAAGGCAGGGACGGCGGCAUCCAUCAUCGCAUUUACAUACCUGCACAAGUACCGAGCGAGUCUGCGCGGGCGGGUGACGUUGGCCGUGGUGUCGGACGAAGAGACCGGAGGCAAAUGGGGCUCCCGAUGGCUGCUGGAGCACGACGCCCGGUCGCGCGGCGACUGCAUGAUCAACGCCGAGCCAGGAGGCCUCCAGUCGAUUCGAUUCGGCGAGAAGGGCAGUCUGCGCCUCACCUUCACGGUCAAGACGGCCGGUGGACACGGCGCCUAUACGCAUGCCUUCGAGGGCGCCAAUUUCAUCGUCACCCGCCUGAUCGACCGGCUGAAGAGCGUGCAGGACAUCGAGCCCGACCUCGACCCGGACCUCCGCAGCCAUCUGCAGCGCACCGAUGUGCGUGACGUGGCGGACGAAAUCAUGGGCCCAGGCGCCGCCGACUUGUUCCUCCGCCCAACUCUCAACAUCGGCACCAUCCACGGCGGCCUCAAGGUCAACAUGAUCCCCGAGAAAUGUGUCAUGGAGGCCGACAUCCGUCUGCCCAUCGGCCUAGACCGCCAAGCCGUGCUCGACCAUAUCCACUCCAUCCUGGAGGACUUUCCCGCUGUCACUCUGCAGGUUCAGUCCGCCGCCAGCAACCCGGCCAGCCACUGUCCCGCGCACCAUCCGCUCGUGGAUGCCAUCGCCGCCAAUGCAGAACGUGUCGUCGGGAGAAAACCGCUGGCCAUUCCUUCGCUCGGUGCCACCGACACCAAGUUCUGGCGCUACUUGGGCAUUCCCGCCUACGUCUACGGCGUCUCUCCAGACACCAUGGCCGCCGUCAAUGAGCGCGUGGCAAUCAGCGAGUAUCUGGCCGUCAUUAAGACUCACGCUCUGGCGGUCUGGGACUACCUUGGCGGUCCUCCUUGA